AUGAAAAUAUUAAAUAUUAUUGGCCUAAGUGCCUUUCAAAUUAUAUCAUUUAUUUUUGUUGUGGGUUAUUUUUUCGGUAUAUUGAAUAAUUAUUUUAGUGACAAAAAUAAUUAUUGUGCUAUGACAUAUAUGUUUGAGUAUCCACAGUUUGUGCGUAUAACUCUGGACGAAAACAAAAUAUUUCCACAAUAUGGUCUUUAUGCAUACAGCGAAGGAAGAUUUACAGAGAGAGCUAGAAAAAUGUGGUUUGAUGGUGUACCCGUUCUUUAUCUGCCAGGGAAUUCAGGGAGUCACAUGCAGGCUAGAUCUUUAGCGUCUGUGGCCUUGAGAAAAGCAUUAUCAUCAAAAUAUGAAUACCAUUUUGAUUAUUUUACAAUAAAUUAUAACGAAGAGCUCUCAGGUUUGUAUGGUGGUGUACUACAAAGUCAGACACAGUUUGCAGCGGCUUGUGUAACAAAAAUAUUGAGCCUUUAUAAAAGCAAUAGAUAUACAAAGUCAGUUCCUACUACAAUUAUACUUAUCGGACAUUCAAUGGGAGGACUUAUUGCUAAACGUCUCUUGGCAUAUCCAAGUACAAUCAAUACUACUAAUAUUGUAAUAACAUUGGCAACACCACUUGAGGCUCCAGUUAUUAACUUUGAUUCAGUAAUAAAUGAUUAUUAUAUGCUUAUGAACUUAGAAUGGGAAGCCUAUGUCAGAAAAUAUAAGGAGGUAGAGGAAAAAAAGUUUCUAAUAAGCAUUGGAAGUGGACCACGUGACGUACUGGUUCCAGCUGGUCUGACCUCUUCAAACGAUAGUCACAUUAGUGCUCUGGCCACAGCUAUUCCCGGUGUAUGGGUAACACCAGAUCAUGUCAGCAUGGUGUGGUGUAAGCAGCUCGUGAUGGUAGUCAACCGUUUCCUCUUCAGUAUUAUCGAUCCUUAUACUACACAAGUUACGGAAAAUAAUCAGAAAAUAGCAGCUAGUGCUAGACAAUAUUUUGAGACGAAUCGAUCAAUGAUUUUAAAUCCAUUAAUAAUACGACCCAACGUGACUAUGCAAGCCGAUUCGUUUUGGUACGAAGAUAACAGGCGAAUUUAUCAAAUUUCGCGGCCGGAGAUCGAGAGGACAACACAUCUGAUGAUAAGACUUGUCAGUUUCCCACAAAAUAGAUUUGUAGCCGUUGAAUCUGUGAACGUAGACGAUAGAGAUUGGAUAUUUGGAUGCAACGCGAAGAAUGUUUACAAUUCGUACAGAUACUGCAAAGAAGCAACCUCGCUGAGCGAACUGAGUCGCUGGACCGGCGCAGCUACUAACUUCGGCAAGAGAAAGCUAGCGACGGUACAUUUACAUAAACUGAUGGAAAUCGAACCGGAUUGGACACACGUUGUUGUUAAAGUAUCCCCUACUAAGAAGCCGAUAGUACUAAAUGUGGAUAUAAACGAUCACGCAUCGAGGGAGAUUGAUGUUAAACUACCCUCAGAUUUUUCAUUCGGUAGAAAUGUAAUAAAAGAUGAAACCGAAGCGAACAGUUUGUAUUAUGAAUUGAUUCUGUCUGAUUUGAAUGUGAUUCAUCAAGCGUAUUUGUUAUACGUCGAGCCGACGAGCAACUGUCAAACGACACAGUACCACGUGUCCGCAGAAUUGCACGUGCCAUGGGCGAAGAAUCAUGAAUCGUUUCAUUAUUUUACGCAUUUGAAAAAUACGCCCAUGAAACUACGCUUAUUUAAAAGCAACCCUAAUGUAACAAUAGGCUUAGAGGCCGUAGAUAAAGUUAAGAUAACUCUUUUAUUAGAUCCAAAAUGCACUUUUAGGAUUAGUAUCUCAACAUCGUGGUACCAUCGCUUAGCACAACUCUCACGUAACUACACCCCAGUAUUAGUGCCUUAUGUAGUGGCUAUAGUUUUACUCGCAGCUAGAAGUAAUAUCUUGAGCUUGAAAGAACGCGGCUCGUGUAUAUCGAUACACAGUGCUUUGAUGAGCGAAGGCGUUAAACCGUAUUACGCAUUGGUGUUUGGAAGAUUAGGAAGUAUGACUUUGAUGUCAGUACCUUUUUUGACAUUUCUUUUAGAAAACGCAAGUUGGAAAAAUCUCGAGUUACAAUAUUUUACACGUUCACUGCUAGUGUUGCCAGCUUAUAUGACUGCUUUGGGUAUAUUAAAUGUGGUUGCCGCAGCUGUAUUGAUUGUGAUGGUAUUUUCAUCUCAAUUGGCUCAUCGACUGUUAUUUAGGAUAGUAUGGCGAGGUGGUACAGGGCUAGCUGAGAAGAUGGCAGCAGGGCUACAAAAAGUGCCUAUGAUUAUGAGUGCUGCUCUUGUAUGUGCGGUUCCACUUUCUUGUGGUGCUGCGUCAUUAGCUGCUGGUGCUGCAUUCUAUGCAUUCAUGCUAUCUAAAAUGUAUGAAGAAUAUCUUGAAGAUUUUGUCUAUAGACUAAUGUCCAAAAUAGCAAGCAGGAUCUGUCGUAUGUUUAAAUCCAAAGAAACUAAAAGUGCCACAAAAUCAUGUCCAGCAAAAAAUGUCAUAGCAACACAUAAAAAAGAUCCAUUAGAUGAGAGUGUUAAUGCAUCAACAGAUGAUAAAUCAACAAAUACAGAGAAUAAUGACAAUUCAAAAGCAUUGUUACCUAAGGUCACAGAAGAAAAAAAAGAGAAGUGUGACACAAAUGAAGCCGAGCAUGUGGAUGAAGACUUAAAUAAUAUAAACUUUCACAUGAUGCUAUUUUUCAUGUGGAUGGCAGUGACAAUUGUUAAUAUACCCGCUUUAUUGACAUGGGCUCGAAAUUUCAAAUAUAGUAUGGUUUUAAAACCAGAUACAUCCUACCACACUGGUUUUGUGAUGUCAGCAUGUUCUGCUAUUAUUUGGCAGAUGGAUGGACCAAAGAAAAAUUUGAGGCAUUAUGAUGCAGUAGCUGCUUUGCUUUACACAAUGGCAAUAUUUAUUUUAGCCUUAGGACCAUUUUCCCUGUCUAUUGUAAACUAUGGUGUAACAUUUAUGUUUACAAUUAUAACAAUACAACAAUUGUAUGACAAAGAAGAAUCCACUGAAGUAACUUCUGAAGAGCAUUUGGAAAGUAAAGAUGCUAGUGAUGAAAAGACAGCUAGUAAAAUGGAUCUAGAAACGGAAACUAAAACUGAAGGUACUAAAUCUGAUACUAAUCCAGACCCGAAGAGUGAAAACUUUGCAAAUGAAAAAGCCAAUGAAAAUGAUGAAAAUACCAGUGAAUGUGAUGUGUGCAAUGAAAAUAGGAUUUACAAUAUAUUCAAAAAUCUCAGAGAAAAGUUUAGUUUCAGCGAUAGCUUAGAACAUUGAUAGUAAUCAAAGUAAUAGUUUCUUUUUGGAAAUUAUUAUUUAGAUCCUAGAGAAUUUUGACACUUAUUUAAUAUAUUGAGUAUUAUAAUAGAGAUUUUAAAAUAGCUAGUCCACCAAUAUUUUACCAGUUUAGGUAAAUAAGAAUUAUUCAUUGAAAAAAUUAAAUUGCUGUAGUCAGUUCUACUCAAAGUAACAUUUGGAAAUGUGAUUAAUUUAAUUCUUUUUGGAUUCCAUAUUUGCUCACGGAAUCACGUCUUGUAUGUGCAAUUCAUCUUUACCUACUUAAACUUGUAUAAGAAUAUUGUAAACAUCUCAAAAAAGUAUGUAAUUUUGUAAAAAAAAAAUGGCCUAAUU